GUGAGCAGAAGCAAAGCAGUGGAAAAUAAGCAAGACAUUGGGUGAAGAUGGCUCCUCAGCUUUACCUCACUAUGUAUAAGGAGCAGUUUGCAUCUCCAGGCAGAACCAAGCGAGAACAGCUUCGACCCACUUCUGCCCACCGCAGGAACAACCCCCAACCCCGGCCGGACUUCCUGUUUCCCCAGAGUCUUCAGCCCAACUACAGGUCACAGCGCACACCACCAGACCCCUCGCCCCCUGCAGACACCGGCCGUCCUCUCUUCCCCCCUGUCAGACAUUUAUCAUUCCACAGUCCAGGUACAACUUGUCCUAACAACUAUCCUAACACAGUGGACACAGACCACAAACCAAACCACAUGCCCCCUGUUGGACACCCAUCCUCAGUGCCUGUUCUGCCCUCUGCUGACAGAGUACAGACACUACAGCUGACUGAGCCUCCUGUUGACUCUGGAUUGAAGUUCAACACAGCUUUGAAGAACCCAGCAAGGCUACAUGCAAGUACUCAGAUUCGAACCAGACCCAAAACCAGCAACCCCCAGGCACCUCAGCACCUCUUUCUGCAGACACAGUACCGGAGGUCUAGAUCCAGUAGCAUCCUGGAUUAUAGUGGAUGCUACAGCUGCUUCCAUGUGGUGAGGCCCUACCAGGCGGGACACUACAUCAUACACCCAGAGUUUGUGUCUGAGUGCCUGCGUUAGGACCAUUAUCUGAGCACCGUCUCACAAAGUGGGGACAGGGGACCUGCAGUGGUCCUUCAGCGGGCCCAGGAGGUUCCAUAUCAAAAUGAGGGAUUGUUAACUCCACUAUUGUUUAAUUCUCUGCUAAUUAACCCAGUGAGACAAAGUGUAAGAAUGAAUAAUUGGCUGCCCUCUCCUUACUAUUAUCUCACUACAUACAGCGUGGACAGUUUUACAAUUCACUAUUAUAUCAGAAGCAGAGAUCGUGCCAGAAAGGGCUUGUGGGGAUAACAUCCAAGGAGGCACUGUGGCCCUAAUCUGUACAUGUCAAUGACAUUAAAUAUAUAUCCUACUAUUAGCUUGGUCAUGUCUAGAUAAGUCUCUUCUUUGCAUCUUUGGAGUGGCAAAAGAGAAAUGAUGCAAUUAUGACAUUUUAUUCAGGAGUAUUAAAGAUGUAUACUGUGAUGAUUGUAGUUUUAUUGAUUCACGUGUGAGUACUUUCUAAAGUACUAAAUAAAUG